GCUGCCGGGGCUCGGCGCUGGGGCCCCGCGGCUCCGCGCCGCUCUCCGCGAUGGCUUUCGCCAACUUCCGCCGCAUCCUGCGCCUCUCCGCCUUCGAGAAGCGCCGCUCCCGGGAAUACGAGCACGUCCGCCGCGACCUGGACCCCGCAGAGGUGUGGGAGGUGCUGGGAGAGCUGGGCGAUGGAGCGUUCGGAAAAGUGUACAAGGCCAAGAACAAGGAAACUGGAGCUCUGGCAGCUGCCAAGGUCAUCGAGACCAAGAGUGAGGAUGAGCUGGAGGAUUACAUGGUGGAGAUUGAGAUCCUGGCCACCUGUGACCACCCCCACAUUGUCAAACUGCUGGGAGCCUUCUACUGGGAUGGCAAACUCUGGAUCAUGAUCGAGUUCUGCCCUGGAGGGGCCGUGGAUGCCACGAUGCUGGAGCUGGACAGGGGCCUGACUGAGCCUCAGAUCCAGGUGAUUUGCCGCCAGAUGUUGGAGGCUCUGCACUACCUGCACAGCAAGAGGAUCAUCCACAGGGACCUGAAGGCUGGGAAUGUUCUCCUCACCCAGGAUGGGGACAUCAAGCUGGCUGACUUUGGAGUGUCUGCCAAGAACAUGAAAACCCUGCAGAAGCGAGAUUCCUUCAUUGGGACCCCUUACUGGAUGGCCCCGGAGGUGGUGAUGUGUGAGACCAUGAAGGACACUCCCUACGACUACAAGGCUGACAUCUGGUCCCUGGGCAUCACCCUGAUCGAGAUGGCGCAGAUGGAGCCGCCCCACCACGAGCUGAACCCCAUGAGGGUGCUGCUCAAGAUCGCCAAGUCCGAGCCCCCCACGCUCAGCUGCCCUUCCAAAUGGUCCCUGGAGUUCAGAGAUUUCCUGAAGACAGCGCUGGACAAGAACCCAGAGAGCAGACCCAGUGCUGCCCAGCUGCUGGAGCAUCCUUUUGUCAGCAAGGUCACCAACAGCAGGGCCCUGCGGGAGCUGGUGGCCGAGGCCAAGGCAGAGGUGAUGGAGGAGAUCGAGGAGAGGGAUGAAGCAGAGGAGGAGGAUUCCUCUGAGUCUGCCUCGCCCCCUGGGAAGCACAAGAGGGACCCCUCUGAGGCCAGCCAGCUGAGUUUUGAUGGGGACAAACCUGCAGACUCCUCCUUGCCCAAAGCUGUGAACGGCUCCGUGGGGACUGGCAAGGACAAAGCGCCAGCCAAAGAGAUCAGCAGUGCCAGUGACAAACUGGAGAGCAACCACUCAGCAAAACCCAGCCAGGACAAGCCUGACAUCAUCCUGCAGCCAGGAAACUCGACAGAGGGGGACAAGGAGCUGGGCAGGGAGGAGAGGAAGAGCCUUGAGCAGAGGAAGAGCAUGGUGGAGAGGAAGAGCGUGGUGGAGCGACCAGAGAGUGUUGUCCUGGAGAACCUGGGCGAGGAGAAGCUGCCCAAUGGCAGCCUGGAGCCCCUGGGCAGCCGCUCCAAAAGGGACUCGGAUUCUGGCAGCACUUCAGCCUCUGAGAGCAUGGACCUGAGCAUCUCCCUGUCUGCUGAGCUGGCCCUGAGCAGGGAGAGCGGCUCCAUCUCCCUCAAGGACUCCCAGCUGCACAAGAAGACCCUGAAGCGCACCCGCAAGUUCGUGGUGGACGGCGUGGAGGUGAGCGUCACCACCUCCAAGAUCAUCAGCGAGGAUGAGAAGAAGGAUGAGGAGAUGAGGUUUCUCAGGCGCCAGGAGCUGCGGGAGCUGCGCCUGCUGCAGAAGGAGGAGCACAGGAACCAGGCCCAGCUGAACAGCAAACACCAGCUGCAGCUGGAGCAGAUGCUGCGGCGCUUCGAGCAGGAGAUGGUGGCCAAGAAGAAGUUCUAUGACACGGAGCUGGAGAACCUGGAGCGGCAGCAGAAGCAGCAGAUCGAGCGCAUGGAGCAGGAGCACGCGGCGCGCCGGCGCGAGGAGGCCAAGCGCAUCCGCCUGGAGCAGGAGCGCGAGCACGGCCGCUUCCUGGAGCAGCUCAAGCAGAUGAAGAAGGAGGUCAAGAACGAGGUGGAGAAGCUGCCACGGCAGCAGCGCAAAGGGAACCUGAAGACAAAGAUGGACGAUUUCACCCAGAAAAAACAAACCAUGGAGCAGGAGUUUCUGGCCAAGCAGAAGGAGGACCUGGAGCAGGCCAUGAAGAACAUCACUGCCCAGAACAAAAGAGAGAUCUGUGACAAGGAGAGGGAGUGCCUCAACAAGAAGCAGCAGCUGAUGAGGGACAGGGAAGCCUGCAUCUGGGAUCUGGAGGAGCGUCACCAGCAGGAGAAACACCAGCUCAUCAAGCAGCAGCUGAAGGACCAGUAUUUCCUCCAGAGGCAUGAACUGCUCAGGAAGCAUGAGAAGGAGAGGGAGCAGAUGCAGCGCUACAACCAGCGCAUGCUGGAGCAGCUGAAGGUCAGGCAGCAGCAGGAGAGAGCCCGGCUGCCCAAAAUCCAGCGCAGCGAGGGCAAGACGCGCAUGGCCAUGUACAAGAAGAGCCUCCACAUCCACUCCAGCGGCAGCGCCGCCGAGCAGAGGGAGAAGAUCAAGCAGUUUGCUCUGCAGGAGGAGAAGAGGCAGAAGGCAGAGCGGCUGCACCAGCAGCAGAAGCACGAGUCGCAGAUGAAGGACAUGCAGGCCCAGUGUGAGAGCAACACCAACGAGCUCCAGCACCUCCAGAAUGAGAAGUGUCACCUCCUGAUCGAGCACGAAACCCAGAAGCUGAAGUCCCUGGAUGAGAACCACAACCAGCACAUGAAGGAGUGGCGGGACAAGCUGAGACCCCGCAAGAAGGCCCUGGAGGAUGAGCUGAACCAGAAGAAGCGGGAGCAGGAGAUGUUCUUCAAGCUGAGCGAGGAACCCGACGGACAGGUGCCAGUGUCCCCGACCAAACACGCCAAGUUCGUCCCCUUCAGCUCCUCAGAGAGCUUGUAACACCUGGCAGGCCACCAGCUGCUACUGGCCAUGUCCUCCUGGGCUGCAGGGGGCACCUUGGACUUGGGAGACCCUCUCAGCAGCCCCUCCUCAGCUCAGCUCCCUCCUGUCCUGCCCCUGUGUUCUGUGGGACCAGCGUGGCUCUGCUCUGAGGGAUGCUGGCUGAGCUUGGGCUGGCUCUGCCAGCAGCUCCAGGCUGGGAACUGGGGCAGGACCCUCUCUGGAUUGCACUUGCACUGUUGGCUGGGUGUUCCUGGGCGAGCCUGGUGCUCUCUGGGUUUGUCAGCUGGGGCAGUGAGCACUGUGAUCAGGAGAAGCAGCCCCUCAGGGCAGGGCUGUCACCCCUGGCUGCUCCUGUCCCUCUCCUUUGUAAGGCCUGGCCUGGGGCACAGCAGCUUUGGCUUUGUCUUAAACUCACCUUGGCCUUAGACUUAUUCCUCUCCACUGUGGUUCACUUUUGCCACAGAGAGGCAGAGAUUUGGGUUUUUUUUCUUUCCUCCUCCCCACACAGACUGUGCAGAAGGGGGCUGGAUGUCCUCCCAAAGGUGUUUCUGCUCUUCCUCUGCUGUGACCCCUGGCACCACUGGCCCUGGCACUGAGCUAACACUGUUUUCAGAGGUUCUGGGGUGGUUAAACUGCCCAGCUGGCUGCAGGGUUUGGGGCUUGAGGAAGUGGAAGUGCAGGUGCAGAGGGGGAGGUUGGGGACAGCACUCAGUCCUGCAGGGACAGUGCAGUGUUUGUCACUGUGAAGGGUGUGGAGAGCUCUCAUCAUCACACAGGGGCUGGAAGCUGGAUUUUAAAUCCUUUCUGUGGGGCCAUGUGGGUCAGGCAGCCUGGCCAGGGGGUUAUGGCUGCAGAGCAUCCUUUGGGAGGAACAAAGGGAGGAGGAGAUGCACAGGGGGCUCUUUGCUCCCAGCUUCUCCUUGUCCACCCAUGUCUCACCUCCCUGUGAUGUGCCACAGCUUUUUGGGUGGUUCUCCUGGCUGGGAGGCGUGGGCAGAGUGGCAGAGCAGGUCCUCUGUCCCUUCUGUGCCCUCCCCCUGCCCAAGGCAGGGCUUGGCUGGGUGGGACUGGGAGCACAGAGCUGGGGAGGGGCUCAGGGGCCUCACUGGCAGCACCUUCUUCUUUACACAACCCAAAGGUGUAAGGCAGCACUUCCGUUUUUCUCUGUUUUAAACCUGUUUCUUUAGCAAGAAAAAAGUAUUUCUGCCUAAAAAAAAAAAAAAAUCAGAAAAAAGUUGUUAUUUUCAAGUCCCCUCCAUUGAUUUACUGGCAUUUCAGGGAAAGGUGAUGUGUGAUGUGCCUCACUCCUAGGUACUGGGCUGAAGGAGGCAGUCCCCAGGUCUUUAACUCUGUUUGGGGGCUGCAUUUCCUACCCUUUUAGAGCUCCUAAUCCAUAUUUAUAAACUUCCUGCAGGCUAGCCAGGCUGUCUCUUUGGGACAUUGCAGGUUACCUCUGAUUUCAGCAGUGGUGUCUCUAAAUCAGCACAGGAAGGGUUCCUGCCCCAUCCCCAAAGCCUGGAUUGUGCCUUUCAGCUGUGGUUAGGGUUCAUGAAUGCAGAGGGAUGUUCCUAAGUGGGACAAGGGGCACACUGGAGACUGAAUCACCUUGGGAAUGUGUCACAGCAGCCCCAGGGGUUCUGGUUCUGCUCCUGCUGGGGCCAGGCUGGAGCUGCUGUGUGCCCCAGGAGCCAGAG